AUGACAUUGCAAAUGACCACAGCGGAAUCGCUUUUUUUUUGCACCGCAUUCUCAGAACCUGAUGAAAACUCUUGUAUGACUCAGUUAUCUCGGUGCACCGUCGGUUUUUUGGAGCAACGAAAGAUCGCAGCAAACAGUACGGGUCAUGGUUACGAUAAAAUUUUUGGUAGAUGUCUAGACGAUCAAUUAACUGCCGUGUAUGUCCAGGAUGCAUAUGUCGCUGCUCAUCAUCAGAUAAUGAAUUUUGUACGCUUUUGUGAAUUGGUGGUCAGCCGGGCGCCAAACGUUCGUUGCAUUAAUUUGCUUACCGGUAUGGAAGCGAAAAACAAUCAGGCUGCCUUUGCGGAGUUGAGUCAGAGUCUUGAAAAAGUCAGUGUUGAAUUGAAGGUCGAAUUUAGCCCCUCUAUUCAUGACAGAGAAAUACGAUUCAACAAUGGUUGGAUAGUGAAAAUUGGACGCGGUUUAGACUACUUCAAAAAUCCCGGAAAAUAUGUUCUAGGAGCAUCAGACUUGAAUUUCCGACCAUGUCUUGAAACCACUGUGGAUAUCUUGAAGCAGAAGAAGUGA